ACGAUGGAGUUAAAGAGGGAAUGGAAAGCAGGAUUACUGGUGUGACAGCACCGGCAGAUGAGAGGCAGCGCAGCCGUGAGGGAGAGAGAGAAACUCUGGUGGAAACAAACAAAUCAGUGCAACAGGAUGAGGACCUGCUAGUGCACAGGCGGCCUGACUCUGCAAACCUGCCAUCUGUCCUGCUUUUCUUUCCGUGUUCCUGGUGCUCUCACCAUCAUCCAACAUCUGGAUCACCUCGCAUCCAUAUGGGAAGAGGCUGAGGGGCGGGCCAAAAAAUCCAAAUCUCAUCCUCUCUUCAUCAUUCUGAUUGCACAAGACCUGAGGCACAUCAUCACUGAGGGGAACCCUUGCUGAGGAGUACCAUCACCACACUGGCUGAUAACUGCACCAAAGGAAAGCCAAACUUUUUCUCCAAAGAUGCAGAGGCGUGCACAGGAGCCUUCCUUAUCUGCCUGUGAGAUUUUUUAACUUCUCAUGGAUUAUUCACGUCUUGUGCCCCCGAGCAGGGAGAGGGAAAAGGAGACAGAGGAGGUGGAGAGGGGGAGAAAGAAGGAGACGGCAGGGAUGUGUCACCACCACUGCUGCUGAAGUGUUGCUGGCAUUUGUGCUCCUCCGCUUAGAGGCAUUUUAUCACUCUUCCUCCCCCCAGUUCGCUCGUCUCCUCAUCCAACCAGUGGGGAGCUUGAGGGAUACAGACAGAGAACUAAACACCGUGGGUGUAUGUGCACAUGCACACACACACACACACACACAGGCUGUGUAGAGGGCUAACGCAUCUCUCGUCUUCUAUCACCCUCACUUUCCUUCCCCGUCCCGUUUUGUAGUCCUGUCUACACCUUCGUGACCACUUGCAAAUGCUUUCUCAGUGACACGCACAAAAAAAGAGAAGUGAGAGAAGGGUGAAAAAAGUGAGAAGACAGAGCGAGAGAUUUUUGGAGAUCACGUACGCUUGCUGUCACGUUGUGAAGUCCUCCAGGGGAGUGUGCAGACAUCCAAAGCUGCCAAACACACACACACAGACUCACUGAUAACUCUCACACACUCACUCUCACACAGAGACUUGGUCUAAAUGUGUACUCCUACAGGUGCUGAGAGGGGAGAGAGACAGGUGGGAACCAGGUGAGAAGGAAAGAAACAGAAAUAGGGGGAAACACAUUUGCAGGGGAUUAACCGGGGCGCGAUGGAGCAGCAGGAGUUCAAGAUGGAUGGCAGCACUAAGCACAGGCAGUAGGCUGCCAACAUGGCCUUUCCCAAGGGAUAUCCCCCUCCUUCUCCUUGGCCUCCACUCUUCUGCCUUCUCCUCCUCCUCCUCCUCAUCUCCUCCCCAGUCCCACUGCAGGCCCGACCACUUCUCCUCCAUCCAUCCAUCAACGUGGCAGUUGUGUUCAGCGGCUCCAGCUACCAGAACGAGGUCAGAGGUCGUCUCAGUGGUGAAAACUUUGUUGACCUGCCCAUCGUGGUCAGCCCCGUGACCGUGCUGGUCAACGACACCAACCCCCGCGACCUGCUGACACGCCUCUGUGAUACCAUGGCAACAGAGAAGCUGCAUGGCGUGGUGUUUGAAGAUGAUGUGGGCUCGGGUGCUGAUACUCAGGUGGCAGAAGUGGCACAGAUCCUGGACUUUCUCUCCACUCAGACAGGUCUGCCAAUUGUGGGCAUCAGCGGUGGCUCUGCAGUUGUCAUACCAUACAAGGCUGAGGGAUCAUCCUUCUUGCAGAUGGGAGCCUCUCUAGAGCAGCAGAUCGUCUGCAUGUUUAAGCUCAUGGAGGAGUAUGACUGGGGCGAGUUUGCAGUAGUCACAAGUUUGCUGCCGGGAUACGAUACCUUUGUGGAUAUAGUUCAGUCCUAUACAGAUACCUCCUACUUCCUGUGGAGUCUACAGGAAGUUUUGUCUCUGGAAAUGUCUGUUGGGGCUAAUGACGUGAGGAACAGGCGCAUGCUGCAGCAGGUGGACUCUCAGGUCCUGCUGGCAUAUUGCUCCUACGAGGAGGCUCAGUAUUUAUUCCGCCUGGCAGCUGAGGUGGGCGUGCUGGGGCCAGGCUACAUCUGGAUCCUUCCCAGCCUGGCCGUGGGCAACCCUGAAAGUCCUCCACCUGUCAGCUUCCCUGUCGGUGUGAUUGGUGUGAUUACGGACCAGUGGAGGAAGAGCUUGCGGCAGAGGGUGAGGGAGGGUGUGGCCAUCACAGCCAAAGGGGCAGAGAGUUUCAAGAAGCAGUACGGUUUCAUUCCUGAGGGACACGGUGACUGCAACAAGCCAGCUAAACACUCAGACAACAACACUCUUUUCAGGCAUAUGGCGAAUGUGACAUGGGAGAGAAAAGAUCUGUCAUUUAACAGCCAAGGCUUCCUCAUGAACCCUUCCAUGGUCAUCAUCGCUCUGGACCGGGAGAGACUCUGGGACAAGGUGGGUACAUAUGCUCGGGGGAUCCUCCAGGUUCGUUAUCCAGUCUGGCCUCGAUAUGGCAGCUUCCUGGAGCAUGUGUCUGACAACCGUCACCUGACCGUGGCAACACUGGAGGAGCAUCCCUUCGUCAUGGUUGAGAACGUGGACCCUGGAACCGGCACAUGCGUCCGCAACACGGUGCCCUGCAGGCGUCAGUCCAAUCACUCAGAGAGCAUUAUUGGUCGUUCAGAAUCGUACACCAAACUGUGCUGUAAGGGCUUCUGCAUAGACAUCCUUAAGAAGUUGUCCCGCACCAUUAAGUUCUCCUACGACCUCUACCUGGUCACCAACGGAAAACAUGGCAAGCUGGUCCGUGGGAUUUGGAAUGGCAUGAUUGGAGAGGUCGUGUAUAGACGAGCUGACAUGGCUAUUGGCUCUCUCACAAUCAAUGAGGAGCGUUCAGAAAUCAUCGACUUCUCUGUGCCAUUUGUUGAGACAGGCAUCAGCGUCAUGGUAGCCCGCAGCAACGGGACAGUUUCCCCAUCUGCCUUUCUUGAACCCUACAGCCCAGCAGUCUGGGUCAUGAUGUUUGUGAUGUGCCUGACUGUGGUGGCCGUGACUGUGUUUGUGUUUGAAUACUUCAGUCCAGUUGGCUACAACCGUAGUCUGGUCAGUGCCAAAGCUUCUGGUGGCCCGACCUUCACCAUUGGAAAGUCAGUGUGGCUCUUGUGGGGCAUCGUCUUCAACAACUCAGUCCCCAUAGAAAACCCUAAAGGAACAACCAGUAAGAUCAUGGUCCUGGUCUGGGCCUUCUUUGCUGUUAUUUUCCUGGCUUCUUACACCGCCAACUUGGCUGCCUUCAUGAUCCAGGAGCAAUAUAUUGACACUGUGUCUGGACUCUCUGACAAGAAGUUCCAGAAACCACAGGAGCAUUACCCUCCCUUCCGCUUUGGGACAGUCCCUAAUGGAAGCACCGAGAGGAACAUCCGCAGCAACUAUCCCGACAUGCACACACACAUGAUGAAAUACAACCAGAAGGGAGUGGAGGAAGCCCUAGAGAGCCUCAAAAAUGGGAAGCUGGAUGCCUUCAUCUAUGAUGCUGCUGUUUUGAACUACAUGGCCGGGAAGGAUGAGGGUUGCAAGCUAGUGACCAUUGGGAGCGGGAAAGUGUUUGCUACCACGGGAUACGGCAUCGCUUUGCAGAAGGACUCGCAUUGGAAACGACUUAUAGACCUGGCACUGCUGCAAUUCCUCGGAGAUGGCGAUACCGAGCGUUUGGAGACAGUGUGGUUGUCGGGUAUCUGCCAGAAUGAGAAGAACGAGGUGAUGAGUAGCAAGCUGGACAUCGACAACAUGGCGGGUGUCUUCUACAUGCUGCUUGUGGCCAUGGGCCUCAGCCUGCUGGUGUUUGCCUGGGAGCACCUACUGUACUGGAAACUACGACACUCCCUCCACAAGUCUCACAAACUUGAUUUCCUGCUGGCCAUCAGCAGGGGUAUUUACAGUUGUUUCAAUGGAGUGGAGGAUCCUGGGCAUUCAUCUGGUUUGGCCAAACCUGACCUCACCUCCAACUAUGCUCAAGCAAACAUGCUAAAGAUGCUUCGCACUGCCAAGGACCUGGUCUCCACUGCAAAUGUUGAGAGCUCUUUGGACAAUGCCACCAAGACCAUAGAGCAGUUGAGCCGUCACGCACAAGCUGCCACAGAGGCCGUACCUGGAGGAUUUCCUUAUGUCACAGAGAAUCAUUCCUCCCUCCCCCAGUGCUCCCUAACCCCACCUCUCACUGCUGUUACCUCUCUGAAACAACACAGAGGUGUGACGAGGCCCACACCACUCCGCUACACGCUCCCAACACGUUCUACUUCAUGUCUGUAUGACCGGCCUCUGCCCGUGUCCAGCCUCAGUAGCCCCCAUCUGGCUGUGGGUGAGCCACUCCCUCAUCAGCACCCACACCAUUACCAGACCACUGGGAGACUCUACGUAGACACCCGUUCUCACUCACCUUUCAUCCCCUACACUGAUCUCCAGCUACCUGACAUCUACACCUCUCACCCCAUCUCUUCACCCCAAAGUCAACAUGUCCAAGCAGGGUUCUCUCAACAAAAAAGGAGGUCCAAGAGUUUCCAGUAUGAGGAUGGGGAUGUGGAGAGGAGAAAAACUAGGGACCAGGAAAAGAGUGACAAAAAUUCCAUCUGUCUGAGUGUGCUCAAAGCAAACCACAUCUCUGCCCCAAGUGUUGACAACAUCUACUCAGGAGAAGUGAUGUGCCCUCGGGUAGAGAACUACAGCUCCUGGCCCCCAGAGGACCUUGUGCUGAGAGGGAGACGCAGACACCGCCGCCCCUCUUUCCUUAAAGCCACUUGGGGCAGUGAGCAGGUCCGCCAGCUUGAUGAAUCCCAGUCAUCCCUGUCAAGCCAGUCACCUUCCACCCUACCAGACCUGUUCCCAUGCAUUCUGACCCCAACCACACCUGUCAAGCCCUACAACCCUGCCUACCUUCGAAACAGCCUGUGCCUCCCAAGGAACCAGGCUUACCUCCACAUAAGAGAGGAUCAGAGGAGGCCCAAUGGGCGUAAGGGCCAGAGGCUGCGUUACUCCCACUCUACCCAUCUGCCCACAUAUGGAGAAGCAGUGCGCCAAGGGACUGACUUAGGGCAGGGAAUGGUACGGAGAGCAACCAGCUUGCUUAGCAGACAGUAUGCCCACUACCUGAACUCAUAUCCGGGGUUACCCCUCUACCAUGGCCCUCUGGACCUACAGCACCACAGCCAGGCCUCCAGCAGCCACCUGAGCCCCAGCCCAGUGUGCCAGCUGCUGGCUUGUGGUGGUGGGCAAUGUGGGGGCCAGCAAACCCUGCUGUACCCAGACGGUGUGUAUGGAGCCUAUGGUAUCUAUCAGGGGUCCCAGACUGGCUCAGAGAACCCGCUAGGCCAGGGAGCGGGGAGUCAGCCUACAGGGAGCCCCUGCGUUCCUCGACCCUGGCGACGGGUGUCCAGUCUAGAGUCUGAGGUGUGACCUGAAACCAGAAGGACCUCCUAAGACAGAUACUUUGGAGUUACAAAGGACAAGGCCACUGUGGAGAGGGUGUAGUGAUCAGAUUUACAGAGAAAGGUUACGACUUGUAAUUGCUGAUUUUCUACAUGACUCUAAAUAGUAAAGAAUGGAAGCUUGAGUCUGCAAAUUUUACAGACGUUUGUGAUCUGAUGAAAACUGCACUGUUACUAAUGUAUCCUAGAAAAGCUGUGGCAGGCUACUCAUUGCUUUCCUAUGACACUUGUGUUUUCUGUGCUUCAGUGUGCACUAAAAUUUACAACAGUCCAUGAUGUUGGCGCAUGGUUAAACUAUAACCAGAGUUUUAAUGAUGUGUGUUUUGUGUAUAUCUUAUUGUGGAUGGUUGGGAUUCCGUCUUGGGUGCUGUCAAGCAAUUAAUUGUUUACAGCUGGGGUAAAAUAAGGGAUUGUCUUCAAAUACAGUCACCAAAAACAAGCAGCCACUGUAGCAAGGUUUGUGAAGAUAGCUGUGAUGUACGCAUGAAGAAUUUAAUUCCAAACUAAGAAUAAUUCAAUAUUUAAACAUUUUGACACUGAACAUGGAAGAGCAGCAGUUGUCUGUAAUAAAAUAAUUAUUCUGAGACAUCUGUUAGCAGUUAAUAUCUUUAAAUAUUUAAAAUGCUUUGGAGCUAAACCCUUCAUGUCUUCACUUGGUGGGUCUGAUGAUGCAGAGACUUUGUGAAAGCAGUCCAUAUGAACACAAUCUGCUAAAUGAUGAAAGUAUUGGAACAGCACUGACCAGCACUAGGUGUCUUAAACCAUGGACUCUUGUUCCUCACUGGGUCUCAGUUUGAGGCUACAGUAUAGCACAGGAUCACACAGGGCCUCACAAUAAAUAACUUAUGUAUUCUAAAUACUAUAUUAUGUGUUAUUUGAGGCUCUUAAUGUCAUAUUCAUGUGUUCUACAUAUGGUAGGAAUUUAUAACCACUCUUAAAAUUUUCUAAUCACACUUCUGGCACAUCUUGAGUUUUCUUUUUGUUAAGCUGUUGCCGAAUCAAUAGAAUAUUUAUUACUGUAUCAACUCUGAGCUCACCUAUAUUAAGAUUUUCAUCACUCUUUUCCACCCUCUUAUAUUCCCUCAUCAUCCCUCCUUUUUCCCUCUAAUCAUAAUGAUCAAAUUUAAAUGAAGUAAUUGAAAACUAUUCUAGUAUCUAUACUACCUGUCUCCUUCAUCCUGUAAUUAAUCAC